AUGGUUAUUGUCGCUGUCGCUGGUGGUACUGGUGGUGUCGGCCGCGCUUUGGUGGAGGCCUUCACCAGCUGGGGCAAGCAUGAAGUUUACAUCCUGGCUCGAAAGGCAAACCCUGACCUACAAAAGGAAAUUGGAGUGCCUAUUAUUCCAGUAGAUUACUCUAAUGUUGAGGAGACCACCAAGGCCCUGGAGGACAACCAUGUUCACACCCUCGUCUCUGCAGUCACCAUGAUAGUUCCCAGCGGAACGCCACCCGAGCUCGAGCUUAUUCGCGCUGCUGAUGCUUCAAAGACGACCAAGAGAAUGAUUUCCAGUGGUUGGGGAGUGCCCUACACCGAAGAGCAAGCGGCACUAAUGCCUGCAUUCGCCCACAAGCUUGUGACUGAGGCUGCAUUGAAGGAGACAAGUCUUGAAUACACAGUCGUGCAGAACGGAUGCUUCCUUGACUACUGGUGCAUGAACACAGUCAAGUCCUACAUGGUGCCGGCAACGACGGUCAUCGAUGCCAGAAACAACGCAGCAUCGAUUCCAGGAUCUGGAAACACGCCCGUGGCAUUCACGCACACGAGUGAUGUGGCUAAAUAUGCUGCCGCUCUUCUGGAUCUGAACAAGUGGGAGCCUGAGUCUAUCGUUGUCGGGGACAAGGUCACACUAAAUGAAUUCCUGCACCUGGCAGAAGCCGCUAAAGGUACAAAGUUCAGCGUUACACACGAUAGCGUCGAGAAACUGAAGGCCGGCCAGGCAACUGAAUUGCCCUGUCAGGUUGCCGAGUAUCAGUUCAUGCCGAAGGAGGUAGUUCAGCAGUGGGCAGCUAUGUUCGGUCUUCUCUUCGAGACUGGUGUCUUUAACAUUCCUCCUCCUGGGACAAAGACGUUGAAUGAGGUCUUCCCUGAGAUUAAGCCGUUGAAGGUGAAAGAUAUCUUGGACGGCGAGUGGAAGAAGGCUUAA